GUCAAAGAUUGAUGGAUGGAUGGAUGGAUGGAUGGAUGGAUGGAUGGAUGGGUUAGAGAUGAAGGCAAAUUUACGUAUAUGAGUGUAUGUAUGUUUAGAUGAAAAUACAGAUGAAUGGGAGGAAAGCGGCAAAGACAGUUUUGGUGGGAAGGGAGGCUUUUUAUGUUAUUUAUUGAUAGUACGCACGUUACGAAUUAAAUAUGCCUUUAUUUAUUUUAAUUAUUGUUCCUUGUCAUUGCCUGCUUCAACAGAUGCGAGUCUGUUAACGAUAUACCGCUGUUAGAUAUUCGAUGGACUGCUCCAAUAACGUAAUAUGGCGCUGCCGGCAAAAGCUAGGCUCGAUUCUUCACAUAUCCAUGCCCAAGACGUCAUCCCACGAGAUGCUAGAAAUUCCAUCCCAAUUCCGGCUGCAACCUGAACCAGCCCCAAUUGUCACCGCUUUCUCGUCUUUUUCCACGGAGGUUGCGAGGCAAUUGAUAGCGCCGGCCACUGCCGGAAUCUCUGGAAACCUAAAAUGUCUCAGGGCUCUGCAGAAUAAUUCAACCACUCGUCGUUAAGCUCCACAGCAGCUUCCAGCCAACCCGCUUUGCGCUAAGCAGCUUAAUGUGGCUCUGCUGGGGAACACCGUAGCUCGACCCAAAAGGCUAUCUCGGCAUCUUUUUUAUUUUUUUUUCCCUCUUCUCCUGAUAUUCCAGCAUUUUUAAUCUAUAUGCUUUUUAUCUCCUCUCCUUUCUUCUUCCUUUUCAAUUGCGUCUUUUCCGUCACUCCCCUUCUCGCCAGCCAAUUGAACAAAUUCACCCAAAGAGGCCAAUGGCCUGCGUCUUGACUGCGACUCGCAGAUAAUCAACCAGCCAUGCCUCCGAAAAGCUCAAAGGCCAUGGACGGCCUCGACUUCAAGGCCAUUUCAAAGCAAUUCGCAAAGGCAAAGGCCGCCCGCGAGGCCAGAGAAGCGCAAGAGGCCGAGGCCACAGCCAAGGGCCUGCCCACCGAGAAGGAACAGACGGCCAUCCUCGAGGCGCAGCGGGAUAAGCUCAACAAGAAGCGGCAAAGGGCCUACGAGAGACGCUGGUGGUGGACGACGGGCUUCUGGACGUUCCUCUUCGCCGUCCAUGCCGUGGGCAUCUGGCUCUUCUCCAGCGGCUUCCUGCUGACGAGGCUGGUGCUGGAGGACAAAUCCAGCUGUGCCGCGCCGCCGGUCGAGGGCCUGGCCGCGAGCCUGGCCGCGCUGGAUGUGCAAAAGGGGUGCUGGCAUCCGAAGCAGUUUGACCGCGCCGUCGUGAUCCUGAUUGACGCCCUGCGAUACGACUUUACCAUUCCCGAGGAUCCGGCCGCGGCGCACGCCUUCCACAACUCGCUGCCCUUCCUGUACGACACGGCUGUCAAGACGCCCCAGAAUGCCUUCCUGCGGCCCUUUAUUGCCGACCCGCCGACGACGACGCUGCAGAGGCUCAAGGGCUUGACGACGGGGACGCUGCCGACCUUUAUCGAUGCGGGUAGCAACUUUGCUGGAACCGCCAUUGACGAGGACAACUUGCUGAUGCAGCUGAGGGACGCGGGCAAGAAGAUUGCGCAUCUGGGAGACGACACUUGGUGGUCUCUGUUCCCGGGCCACUUUGAGCCCAAUAUCAGCAAGCCCUAUGAUAGCUUCAAUGUUUGGGACCUGCACACGGUCGACAACGGAGUCAUGGACAACAUCUUUCCGCUUUUGGAGGCGUCCAAGGAGGGACAGUGGGAUCUCCUCAUUGGCCACUGCUUGGGCGUUGACCAUGCUGGACACCGCUAUGGUCCUGAUCACUCCGCCAUGACCGCCAAACUGCAGCAGAUGAACGAAUUCAUCACCAAAGUUGCGGGAUCCAUUGACGACGACACGCUCCUCAUAGUCAUGGGUGACCACGGCAUGGAUGGAAAAGGCGAUCACGGAGGCGAGAGCGACGAUGAAGUCGAGGCUGCUCUGUGGAUGUAUUCCAAGCGAUCCUUUUUCGGCAGAACAUCGUCUGAGUUUGUCACUCCACCGGCUACUGCCAAGAUUCGCCCUGUUAACCAGAUUGAUCUUGUGCCAACCCUUGCGCUGCUUCUGGGCAUUCCUAUCCCGUUCAAUAACCUCGGAAAGCCGAUUGAAGAGGCCUUUGCGGGACAAAAGGGCAACAACUGGGCUAAUCUUGCUGCUGUUUCGCGACUGGCCUCUGCCGGAAUCGAGAGAUAUCGACAGUCGUACUUCAAGGCCCGUGGUAUCCACCAGACAACAGAGACCGGCUCUCCCGCUGCUCUCUGGGAAUUGGCCAACAAGGCCGGAUUGAAGGACAAGGUCGCCUACGAUGCUUUUACCAAGUUUGAAGAUGAGGCUCUUCAGGUCUACAAGGGCCUGUGGGCUCGGUUUGACGUCCCCAGGAUAGUGGCUGGCGUCUUUGUUACUGCUGUUGGCCUUGUGAUGCUUGUCAUGUACGCAUCGAAACCCGCAGACGAGGAGUUUGUGGUUGCCAAUGACGCUGAACUCGAUUAUGCCGAGAGGCGAUUGGAGCUUAUGAAUUUGAACCAGGAAGACAAGGAGGAACACCCGGAUCAGGGUUACCACCGGAGUCUUUUGGGUGGAUUGGCCGACGCUCGAGUGCUCUUCGUCGUGGGUGUUUUGGUUGCCGUGGGAGUUUACCGCCAGCAGCCUUUGGACGGCCUCGCAGCCCUGACUGUGACAUUGCUGAUCACUGGUGUCAUCUCAUCGCUUUCUACCGCCGGCAAGACGCUUGCCAACAUUCUCCCCAAGACCUUUUGGGGCUGGCUGUCCGUUGUCCUUACUCUCAGCCAUUCCAUCGGAUUUGCCUCCAACUCGUACACGAUCUGGGAGGACUCGAUCCUGUUGUUCUUCAUGGCAACAUUUGGAGUCGCUGUGCUCAUCUCGUCGUUCCGCAUCGAAUCCAAGGUUGACCGCACAAUGGCCAUCUACCACACAGUCACAUUCAUCCUUCUCGGACGCUUGGCAUCGUACUCCAAGCUUUGCCGCGAGGAGCAGAUGCCCUACUGCACUUCGACUUACUACUCGUCUGUCACGUCCUCUACAUCGGCUCCCUGGCAGCUUGUCAUUCCCUUUGCUGUCUUCAUCAUCCUGCCGGAUGUCAUCAAGGCAUUCCUGAUUCCCUCGAAAUCGUACGAGAGCCUGGCACCUACGUGGAUCGGAUAUGCCUUCCGCGGCAGUUUAUUCCUGUCUGCUCUAUACUGGACUAUUGAUUCUGCCAACAACGGCGGAUGGCUUGCCGAGCGAUUCUCCGAGAGCACUCUCAAAUCAACUGGGGUGUACUUGGCGCAGAUUAUCCUGGCGCUCUCUCUGAUUGUCGGAUCGACGUCGUUUGCCUGGGCACCGCCAAACAUUUCCAUCUUGUCGACACAGUCCAAGACUGGGCAGCUGGUGACGAUUCUCGGAUACGGCAACGCCAUGGGUGCGCGAUACCUCUACCUCCCGCUCAACCUGCUCGCCGCCUGCAUCCUCCUCACAAAGCCCAUGGGCUCGGGAGCCCUGGCCAUUAUGAUGUGGCAGAUCCUCUGCCUGGUCGAAAUCAUCGACCUCAACCAGCUCAAAUCCGAGGCCAUCGGCCCCGUCAUGCUGGCCAUCCUGGGCAACUUUUACUUCUUCAAAACCGGCCACCAGGCCGUCCUCUCCAGCAUCCAAUGGGACAGCGCCUUCAUCCCCCUCUUCUCCAUCCGCUACCCCUGGUCCCCUCUCGCCGUCGGCCUCAACACCUUUGCCGGCCAAAUCAUCGCCGCCGCCUCGGUGCCCCUCGUCGUGCUCUGGAAGGUCGGCCCCAAACAGCGCGGCGUGCUCGAGAAGUCUGCGCGCGCGCUGGCCGUCUUCAUUGCGUACUUUGCCGUCGAGGCCCUUGCCACGAUGAGCUGGGCGGGCUGGCUGCGGAGACAUCUCAUGCUGUACCGCGUGUUUUGCCCGCGCUUCAUGCUGGCCGCGCUGUUGCUGCUGGCGAUGGACCUGGUGGGCGUGUUGGUGUCGUUGGUGGGCGUGAGGACGAAUACGAUGGCGGUUUGCGAGGUGUUUGGGUGGGUGGAGUAG